CGAGGGAGCGGGCGCUGCGCCGUUGGCGUAGCGUUGUUGUGAAUGGAGCGGGCGGCGGGGCGGGGAGGAUGAUGUCAGCCUGCGAAUGUCAACAAUGUAGCGAUUGAGGGGCGGCGGCGGGCGGCAGAGCCGGGCAGCAGCGGCCGCGGCAGCAGCAGCAGCGUAGCGCCGCGCCGCCUCCCCUCCCCUCCUCCGCCGCCGGGCUGCCGCUGGCCCCGGUGCCGCUCCGGCAGCGACACAACCGCCGCGGUGCCGCUUCCCCCCCCCUCCCCCGGCUCCCUCCCUCCCUCCCACCCUCCUUCCCUCCCUCCGCUGCGGCUUUCUCUCCUCCUCCGGCCCCCCUGCCAGCCCUCUCCCUCCCUCCCUCCCUUCCCCCUUUAUUUUUCUCCGCAAGACUUUGGCUCUGGAAGCAGCUGGUUCAAAGCAAUCGCCAUGUGAUGAGCGUCUGGGUCGGGAUUUUUUUCUCUUUCAUUUGGGGGGGGGGAGGGUGCAGGUUUCUGACCGCAGAGAAAUACUAAUAAGAAUUUCCGAAACAACAGCAGCAGCAACAACAAGAGCAAACCCCCCCCCUCCCCAAACCUCCUCAGCCAUAACAGCCUUUUCGCCCCCAACCCGGGCCCGCUCUACCCCGCCUCACCACCACCCCCCCCCUUUCCCCUUCCCAAGGCUGCAGCGAGGGGCGACCCCCGAAAGUUGCGCGGAGGCGAGAGCGAUGAGGCAAGAGAGAAGUUUUUAAAAACAGAAAAAUGUGAUUGUGUAAACAUCGUCAUUGGCAGGAGGACUCAGUGGAUUCAGAUAUAACUGUAGGUGCUGCUUGUAUGAAAGAUCUGAGCCACACCAUCCAGUAACCUGUCUAGAGCAGCAGCUGGCUUGCUUGGAAAUCACUUCCAGGGCUGUGUUGUAAGUUGCUAUCAACUUGAGUUGCCAGAGCAUUGCCCUACAAAGCUUUGGAGGGCCACUUCUUAAUGGAUUGCUGCGGUCUCUUACUUUCUCCACUGAUCCUGUUCCCUGCAUCGUGAGAACACUUUAGCCAGCACAGAACCUAGAAAAGUUACAUAUAUAAUCAGUAUGGUCUGAAAAGCGCUGGUGUAACUUCACACACAGCGUCUGCAUGUGCACACGUAGAGCAGAUGGUGAGCUAAAGUCCCUCUCUGGAUGUUUCUGACCAAGAGCCCCAUGCCAAAGGCAUCCCCAUCCAGGGUGUGAACGGCAUGUCUGUGGAUGAGAAGACUGACUCCCCCAUGUAUGUGUAUGAGUCAACGGUGCACUGUACCAAUAUUCUCCUCUGCUUAAAUGACCAGCGGAAGCAGGACAUUCUCUGUGACGUGACACUGAUCGUGGAGGGGAAGGAGUUCCGCGCCCACCGGGCUGUGCUGGCUGCCUGCAGCGAGUACUUCCUGCAGGCCUUGGUCGGGCAGACGGAAAAUGACCUGGUGGUCAGCCUACCGGAAGAGGUCACUGUCAGGGGAUUUGGUCCAUUGUUACAGUUUGCCUACACUGCUAAGCUGUUACUCAGCAGAGAAAACAUCCAGGAAGUCAUCCACUGCGCUGAAUUCCUGCGCAUGCACAACCUGGAGGACUCCUGCUUCAGCUUCCUUCAGACGCAACUGCUGAACAAUGAAGAUGGCCUGUUCCUGUGCAAAAAAGAUACCACCUGUCAGCGCAUGCACGAUGAGGAGAACUCGGAUGGAGAUGAGGAGGAGACGAUGGAAUCAGAGACAUCAAAGAUAUCUUGCCCCAGAGAGAGGAUGCACCAAGAGCCCUUCAAUUUUGAAACCACUGUUGCUGGAGCAGACAAAGGCGAAGGGAUGCUGCCUGACUCUGACAUGCUGAGAGAUAGCAAGGACAAUUUGGACAAAGAUGCAGUAACACGGUACCCCAGAUACAAGAAAUACCAGCUUGCUUGUACCAAGAAUGUCUACAACACAUCACACAUCAGUACCUCAGGUUUUGCAAGCACAUUCAGUGAAGAGAGCUCUGGAAAUGGCCUCAAAUCAGGACUUGCUGUGGGGCAGAUAAAAAGCGAGCCUCAAAAUGAGGAGAACGAUGAAGAAAGCAUCACACUUUGCCUGUCUGGAGAUGAACCUGACAUCAGGGAUAAAGAAGGGGAUGUUGAAAUGGACAGGAAACAGCCAAGCCCCACUUGCGUUGACAGGCCGAAAAGUGGGUCCUCUCCUUCUUGCUUGCGGUCUUUCUUCAAUAGAACAAAAAGCAUCGAUUUGGUUGGCUUCCCCAGCACUUCCCAACAGCACUUUGGCAGGAGUCCAGCAUGCCCUUUUGAAAAAGGGACAUCUCAGGGUGACCACAAAACUGAUUACGUCCCUUUCACAGGGAACUAUGGACAGUCCCAUGCCAUGCAGAAGGAUGCUUCCAACUUCACAGUGGGAUCGCCACUCAGGGGGCCCGGCUUUGAAACUCUCUGUAAGCAAGAAGGGGAACUGGACAGGAGGAGUGUUAUAUUCUCUUCAAAUGCUUGUGACCAAGUAAACACUUCGGUGCAUUCAUAUUCUGGUGUGAGCAGCUUGGACAAAGACCUCACUGAGACUGUGCCAAAGGGUCUGUGGGCUGGCAGUAGCCAGUCUCUCCCCAGCUCUCAGACCUAUUCGCACAGCGGACUGACAGCUGAUCACUUGCCGGGAAGGAUGCGGCCAAACACCAGCUGUCCGGUGCCAAUUAAAGUUUGCCCUCGCUCUCCUCCUUUGGAAACCAGAACCAGGACCUCCAGCUCAUGCUCUUCCUACUCAUAUGCAGAGGACGGCAGCGGCGGCUCUCCCUGCAGCCUGCGUCUUUGCGAGCUCUCCUCUUCCCCUUGCUCCCAAGGCCCCCGAUUCCUGGCGCCCGAGCACCAGGAGCCUGGUGUGGUGGGGGAUGGAUUGUACAACCCAGUCCGAGCCCAGAUUAAAUGUGAGCCAUCCUAUGGAACAAACUCCAGCGAUGAGUCUGGGUCAUUCUCAGAAGCAGACAGUGAAUCAUGUCCUGUGCAAGACAGAGGGCAUGAGGUGAAACUUCCUUUUCCUGUUGAUCAAAUCACAGAUCUUCCAAGGAAUGAUUUCCAGAUGAUGAUAAAGAUGCACAAGCUAACCUCAGAGCAGCUCGAGUUCAUCCAUGAUGUCCGCCGGCGCAGCAAGAACCGAAUUGCAGCUCAGCGCUGCCGCAAGAGGAAACUGGACUGUAUUCAGAACCUAGAAUGUGAAAUCCGCAAGUUGGUAUGUGAGAAGGAGAAAUUGCUCUCAGAAAGGAACCAACUGAAAGCAAGCAUGGGAGAAUUGUUAGACAACUUCUCUUGUCUUUCCCAAGAAGUGUGUAGAGAUAUGCAGAGCCCAGAGCAGAUCCAAGCUCUCCACCGAUACUGCCCUGUUCUCAGACCCAUGGAUCUACAGCCGGCCACCACCAUCAGCCCCUCCCCAGCUGGCGUGGAGCAGAGCCUGGUGACCUCCCAGUGCGUCGGGGAGAGCAUGCAGUGCUGCUCAGAGCAAGGCUCGGUGCAAUUGGGAGCACCCUGGCUGCCCAACAACAUCUCAGAGAAUUGUUCAGCUGGUGGGGGGUUGGAUGGAGCCGACACAGGCACUUACCCCGAGAGAGAGCUUCCACCAGAGCAGAGCAGCCAGACAGUCACGGUAGACUUCUGUCAGGAAAUGACUGAUAAAUGUACAACAGAUGAACAACCUAGGAAAGAUUACACCUAGUGACUUGUAACCUUAACGUUACACCUGGUCAGGUGUUCUUCAGUCAGCCAGUGGCAGUGUUCAUUUGUUGUCUAGAAGAACGUAUUUGGUGCACACUACAGUGGUCUUAGCAGCAAUACUGUUUUUAAGUAUUCCCUCCUCUCUACAAGCAGGAGUUCUCUUCACAAUGGUGCUAUCCCUUGCUCAGGCAGGGAACGAAGCAGUGGCAACACUGUUUUUGUAUGUUGAUUUCAAUCUUAACAGGGAUGGACAUAACACCUCUGAGGACCCAACCGCAGCUUUUUUCUCAGUGGCCCAUGUCACAAAACCCUAACUCAGGAAUUUCCUCUGAAUGUUCAAUUUUUCAUUGAAGACAGCUUCUUUACACAUCAAAGUUUUAUAGCUAAACUGUACAUAUUAUAUAUAAUAUAUAUAAAAUAUAUAUAUCCAUAUGCAAAAGUCCCUGCAUGCCUCAAUUUUUCUCAUCCUACAAACUGGAAGCUUUCGUUUCUAUUGUAUAAACAAGUUCCAACAUUCCUUUCUGUCUUCGAUGCUAGAACUAGUUUGGUAACUUGUUACACGAUAACUUUUUUUCUCGGUUCACAGUUCAGCAAUAUCAUUCGAUUUGUACUUAUUUAUAAAAUUUUAAUGUUGGAAACUUAUUUGAGAUUUUAUUAUAGACAAUUUUUUUGGCACAGGCAUUUCGUGCCACUUGAGCAAUGUGGAAUUAUUUUAUUUUCUUGCAGAUACUGUACAGUAAUGGUCAACUUUGCCACUUGCACUGAGUUUCUGGUCAAACCUCUUUUCAUAAAUGAAGUCGUGACUUCAGUAUAACUUGAGUAUAUGGUUUUCUUUGCUUUAUGGCUUAAAGAAAAUAGGAAAGUUUUAGCUAAUAGACAAACACUCAGGAGCUCAUUAUGUAGUCAAAACGGUCUUGCCAAAUACUGAAUUCACUAUACAAUUUGUAAAGAGAAUCUGCUUGAAUUAUUUUUAUAUUCAGACUUCUUUCUGUUUCACAAACCAAGUUUAAGUGCUGUUAAUGAUGCUUUUGGAAUCUUAUAGGGGAAAGUAUAUUUCACGCUUUAGAGAAAAAAGUAUUUGACAACUGGAUCGGUUCAUCAUACGUUCCACGAAGUAAAGCAAACAGAGAUCACAUCAAUACACUCGGAGGGGGCUUUUUCUCCAGCCCUGCUCUACAUCCUUUACUCAUGGAAGCAACUGCUGCUCCGGCUAGUCCCCAGAGUCUCACCUCAGCUGUCCUCAGAUGUUACCUGUUUUCCUCACCAGACCCGAGCUGCAGAGGUGGGUCUGGUGAAGUCAGUAAUCCUGCCUGGGUAGGCAUAGUUGCAGGACCAGACCCCUAGUUGCUGACUGGUUUCCUUACAGAAGUCAAGUUAGCACUGUCUCCUCUAAGAGUAAAACAUACAUCUGCCAACACCCAAUUUGGUCACUUUCCCAUCAAACUCUUGUGUUUCAGGAUCCUCUCGUCCUGCAGCAUUGCCCUCAGCACAAACCGCAGCUAAAAGAGUGCUGUCUUGAAGGAGACUACUCAGUGAAUUGGCUUAGUUGUAACUGUAUUGGAUUUGUAUCUUAAGCAAUGUUGACUCAUGUUAUGACUGUAUGAGACAGCAGCUUUCCAAGCAUAACAUCUGUAUGUACAGUGUAGACAGAAAAACAUCCUCCUAAUGCUUUUUUAAUAAUUAUUCUUAUUAUUCUAAGUGUACUGAGUUUUUAAUUUGUGGUUCUUUGCCUUACGUGUGCCAGGUUGCGUGGCUUUAUCGACGACAACUGUCAUGUGCUUUACUGGCUGAUAUUGUUUGUUCUCGCUGAAAAAAAAUGACCAGCUGUUUACACCUAUUAAAAACAAAACAAAGCAAGUGUGGGGAAGCAGCUUCUCAGAAGCACUAAAGGAUAAUGUGGUCUUCUGCGCUAACGUUUACACUAGAGGUGUGCGCUGGUGGUUUUUUGAGGCACUGAGUAGAUCAGCAUCUUGACCUUGGAGGAGGAAUCAGCUCCCUCUCUCCACUUCUUCCAUCUUCAGACUGUGCUCACGGACCGUCGCCCACUCGCCACAAAGUCUUGCUUUUAUCCUCUUCCCCCAAACUAUUGUAGCCAAGCUACCGAGGAGGAAGUGCAUAUAGCAUGUGCCAUGUUUGUUGAAAAUACAUUUUUUCCCCGCAUGUACAAAGGAAAACUAGUAUAUAAUGUAGGAGAAUAUUUAUGUUUAAGUAUUAAUCAUUACUGUACAAAAUCCUUACCUUUAAAUGUUCAAAAAUAUACAAAUGCCAUAAACUCCUAGUUCACACAGUUGAAAAAGGAGGAGGAGUCGUCCUUUCUUUUUAAAAGAGCUUAACCUAAAAAUAUCCGAACCCCCUCCCAGCCAUCUCUUGCAGGUAACUGACUGAGAAGCUCUUUGGUGGCACGGGAGGGAUUUGAUUUUUCCUUUGAAUUCGUUGACGUUGCAAAGCAGUUCUGUGCUUCGCAGAGAAGUUUUGUUUCUAUGAGACCAUGGUGAAAGCUAGAAUUUAAAACUAAAUGUGAAUCACAUUAUAGAGUCAUAGCUACUUUGGGGGGGGCUGGGGGUGGGUGGGAGGGAAGGGUCAACUGACACAGUAUUUUAAAGAUGUUUUUUCUGUUGCCUUUUUUAUUUUUAAGUGACCUCCUAUAUAUAUGAAUAGAUAGAAUGUUUUAUGAGUAUAAAACCAAGUUUUAACUUGCUUCCUGACAUGAAGAUUUACUCUACUAACAACUCAUGUGCAACUGGUACUCUUGACCUCAUUCCAACGGUUUAAAAAACCCACCCACACAACCCAUUGCGCUGCAGCUCUUAGGUUUGACCUGGCUUCAUACUGGUGCUGGGUCUCUUGAUUUCCUCUACCUUGGGAACUGAUAUUUAAAACCACUGCUCAAAUAAGUGUCUCUUCCUCAACCUUUCUCUCGUCUCUCUCUCUUCCCCUCCCCCACAAGCUUUUCUGGAUGUUUGAUUUCAUUCUUUCCCAUUAGAAGUGGCUGGUUUUGUGUCAUUGCUUCCUAUAUUUACAUGUAUCAUGGUUUUUCAGUGGGGUUUUUUUGGUGGUGGUGGUGGUGGUUGGUUUUUGUUUCUAGUUUAUUUUGAGGUUGUUUUGCUAUUCCGAAUCACGCGGCUCUUAAAACAGUUACUGGGCUAAUGUUAAAGGAAGACAUUGGGAGAAUUAGUUUCAGACUUGGACUCCAGUUCACAUACCCAACCCUUCUUGUCUCAUGGGGUCAAAACAACUGACCACAAGAAUACUAUUGGAAAGAAAACAAACCCAACUGACUGUAGUAUUUAUGGAUUUUAAAGACUUUGGCCAGAGGUCACCAUGAUCUUAAGAAUUUCUUUGCUUUUGUCGAAGAGGAUACGAUACAUGCAGCAUCAGUCCCGUUGGGCAUUGCUUGGGAAUGGCAUGGUGAGACCCCAUCUCCCCACCAGGCGCUGCAGCGCUCUCAUGGGCAUGUGAGUCCUUGAAACUUUGUCCAGUCUGUAUCUAGUCCUCCUUUUCCUUUGCCAUUGCUAUACUUGUAUUGCCAGGAAACCUCAUUUCAUUUAGGCUUGUUAUGCUUUGUCAGGUGAGUACUACACUAUAUAAUGUGUUUGUUUCUCUGCGUUCUCUGGGGGUGCCUUGAACACAAUUAAAGCUCAUUGCAAGCUGAUUCUGGAACAAAAAGGUAGUGGGGAAAAAAAGGAAAAAAUUAAAAAAAAAAAAAAGGAG